CUGCAAAAACGUCCUGGUAUGACGGUCUUUUGAUGUUCUGGUGACAACUGCUCUGGUAUGCACUUUGGCUUGUAACUUCUGCUCCAGCCAAAACUUGGCACAUCUGAAUUCUUAAAAGGAAUUGGUGUGCUCAAAUGUUUGUGGUAGAAAGUAUUGGGGUGCUGGAUUCCAAAAGCCAUAUAUUUAAAUAAAGGAAAGGUCCACUCUGGAAUAUUCUUUACCUUUUAAUGUAUUUUUUUAACAGCAGAGGUCAGAGCAAAUGGAUGUAUCUUAUGUGGUGUGAAGGCACGUUCUAGUCUGACAACUUUUUGUGACUCGAUAUCCCAAGGGGUAUGAUCAAAGCCACUCCAUCUGACCCCUAUUCCAGUGACACUUGGACUAGUCCUCUGACUGGGCAUGGUUGUCAACUAUGGGGGAAGGGGGUUCAUUAUGUAAACCUGAUCUACUCUGUAAUUCUACCUAUUUCAGAAUCUCUAAAUAUGCACCCAACAGAGCCCCUCUCUAGCCCAGUGAGGUUUAGGGGCAAAUAGUGAUUCUGGUGAAAACAUUGUUUAGGUCUGGCCGAAGGGAGAGUUCUUCUUGGUGUGACUUACCUGGAGGCAUGACCAGAGCCGCUCUAUAUGCACCCAGGAGAGUCCGGAGCAUAAAAUGUUCAGUGUACCCUGCAAUUACAUCUGCUGCUCUGCACAUGUGACUAAUAAACUCUGUCACUUCUCACUCCUCCCUCUCUCCAGCAGUGUUAUGUUAAGUAGCUGGUCUGCUUUCUGUCUGUGGCUGUACUCCUUGGGUUUCAAUUCCAAACAUGGUUAUCUUUCUAGGGGUCUCUCUCUCUCUCUCUCUCUCUCUCUCUCUCUCUCUCUCUCCUGCCAACUGUGAGCACUCCAGAGCAAACAAAUGGGUGAGGAGAAAUAGAAAAUCUAUAGACAGACAAAUCAUUGAAGGGACGGGAGGGAGAGACGCACAAUGUGAGAAAUCCAUUCCAAUUGUGUUUAUGGUGUAAUAACCGAAUAAAGACACAUCGUGUACUCCAGCUGUAUAAAAGGGAACAAUUUUUUUCAACGUUUUGACUGAACUUAUGAGAAAUAGACCAACUCCAGUGACAAUUGUUCAGUCUCACUGAUAAAGCAACAAAAACUUCAAGAUUUAGUGGAGGACAACCUUUUUCUACCAGCUUUGACCUCUGGUAUCUUUUGUAAACUUUGGAAUAUAACACAUUUUUUAAACUUAUUGAACAACUAGAUGUCUGGUUUGGAAUAACAGCCUCCCUUACCAUGUGUGCAGACAACUCUACCCUGUUGGAGGCGGUUCUCUACGGCCAUCCACCAUGCGAUGGCUGGACCAACAACACUGAGGGGGCCUUCUACCACCUGGGCAACACCGUCUUGUUCCUUGGGUACAUGGGAGGCAGCGGCACCUAUGGCUGCCUGUUCAUAUUUGGUUUCCUGACGAUUGCCUUCACCUGCCUGGCCCUGUGGGGCUGGAUGACCAUGUGUGGGGUGGAUGUGUUCACCUGGAACUUGCUACUGCUGGUGGCCUGUGUGCUCCAGAUCUGCCACCUCGUAUACAGGCUGGAACAGGAUGGCCUGGCCAGCGAGGAGCUGUUGGCCCUCUACUCAGCCGUCUACCAGCCCCUGGACGUUCCUGUACAGGUGUUCAAAGAUAUUGUGGGGGCCUGUGAGAACAAAGUGCUAGCACUAGGGGUAGAGGAGACGUAUGCGGUGGAGGGCAAGACGCCCAUCGACCAGCUCUCCUUUCUGCUGUCUGGGAGGAUCCGUGUGUCUCUGGAUGGACAAUUCCUCCAUUACAUCUUCCCCCACAAGUUCCUGGACUCUCCUGAGUGGGAGUCUCUCCGACCCAACGAAGAGGGGAACUUUCAGGUGACCCUGACAGCGGAGACGGACUGCCGCUACAUCUCAUGGCGUCGGUGCCGCCUUUACAUGCUUCUGUCCAAGGAGCGCUACAUUGCCCGCCUCUUCUCCAUCAUGCUGGGCAGCGACAUCGCCGACAAGCUCUACUCACUCAACGACAAGCUCUUCGCAAAGAGCGGCGUGCGCCUCGACAUCCGCUUGCCCAGCCUCUACCACGUCCUGGCCCCCUCCUCCCUGGGCAGCGAGGGGGAGGUCUAUAGCGGCAGUGGUAGUGGGAGUGCCAGGGACCAGGUAGCCCCAGUGGAACAGCAGGAAGCAGCAGUGGUAGAUGUGGACCCAGUUCCAGCCUACCAGAGGUCAGAGCCUCCAACACCCCCGACCCCCCGGCUGCAGAUCCGAGAGAAGACCCCCACCCCAUCUCGGCCAACCCCCUGCCAACCAUCCCAGCGCCAGCCCUCAGACAUGGAGAUGCCAUCUGUUGAUUCCACAGGAGAGGAAACCACUGGGAGUCUACCAUUGCGAUACCAGAGAGGGAGAGCUCCAUUGGCCCCUACCGGACACCUCUAUGCUGUGAUGGUUUCAACCGGAUUGGAAACAGUGGACACGUUCCAGGAAAUAUUUUUACAUUCAGGCUAUGCAGAUUAUCAGAUGUCAACUGGCAAAGUGUUUAACAUCUCAGGAACCACAUUAAUAUCAUUUAGCAUUCUUCUGAGAUGAGCAGUGCAACUGCAAAAAAGAUGACCUGGAACACAACCAUCACUGCCCUGGGUGGAAUCAGACCUCCCCAACACCAAAUCCCACUCUCUCACCUUACCUCACUUCCUCUGGUGUCAUCUGUGCGUGACAAUAUAGGAAAGAGUGAAACCCUGGACACUGGAAAAAAUUAUGUUAUAAAUCUGAAUUUAUUAGUUAAGGUCACAGACCUCUUUUUAUUAUUUCACUCACAUGUCUCCCAUUCAUCUGGAUGGACAGCCUUUGAUGUGGAUAUUGUGUUAGAUAGGAUUAUGAUUCAACAUUAAAGCAAUCAUGUGUAUUUUAUUUUUUAACAACUGAGGUUGGGUUGGCUAGCUAGGGGCACGUUAAUCGUGUUUGUUUGUGCAGACAUAAUCUGAGAGAAUAAAGUUUGACAGACAGCAUGCUAGAAAGGGAUUUAUCUUCAUACUCACAUUUUCCAAAACACAAUUCCAAAUUUAACAGGCAUUUGUUUAUGUGAAUGUGAGAUGUCUCACACAUUGUACAUUUAUUUAGUCAUUAACGUAGAACAAGAGUGUUAUGUUUUUGUAAAUAAAAAUGGGACUACAUAUACAUAUAUUUUCAUGGGGCCAAUGUUUCUUGAUAAAGCUCUUGGUGAAAAUGCAUUCCUGUCAUUUUUUUGUCUGUCUCCUCUCUCCUUCAUCCUCUGUCAGAAAUAAUAUUGUCUCCAAGUUUAUCAUCACGAGGCACUCAAAAUCAGUUAUCACAGUUGCACAUUUGUUGCUGAAUAUGUUGCUCACCCCUGCUUAUCAGAACUCAGAGAGUUAAGCCCUUGAGUACAGACAAAAUUCACACA